AUGAUGACAAAACAUCUCGUCGCCAAGCUAACAAAUCGUUUUGCCCGCGAAAGAAGCUGGGUGCUUGCCAAGUCCCAGAGCACCUUCGCAGGGUAA